AUGAGUUUAGAUUUCGAGACGGGUCAUCUGUUUGGCGUUGAGGAUGCUUGGGUCUCUGCAGUCGCGAAAAAUAACAAUGCAGUUAAAGCUUAUGAAAAGGAUCUUGUCAGAUCACAACGUUCGAUCGCAAGAAUCACAGAGCUUCUGGAGGACAGAUUCAUUUCACUUUCUCUGAAUGUAAAUACUAAAAUAGAGAAAGAGGUCUCUGCAAGUAAUUCUCAAGCCGCGAAAGAUUCCAUUCUGGCGGAAAUAUAUCCUUCGACAGCAUGCAUGGGUUACUAUGGGUUUUCUCGGAGAGUAACUAAUCAGGAUUCAUUCAACGAUGUCAUCAACAACAUUAUUAACGUUCGUCUUGAAGUAGUGGACCUGCGCUCACGAAAUUCAGGGUCUGCCUCACAUUCAUGGGAUAAUUUGGUAAAUGAAAUCGAAGAAAUUGAAACUCGAGCUUUAACUUUAAUGAUUUCACCAUCUCCUAUUUUUGAUGAUUGUGACGGAACUAUGGAUUAUCAAAUGGAAUUAAUUAUGAAAAAAUUAGAACUUCAAGCUAAGGAAUGUCUUCUAGCUUGCAAAACUCUUGCCUCCACAGGUCUUCCAAAAACAAAGCAAUCACAGUCAACAAUAAGCACUGUAUCAGAUGUUUCAUUGUCUGAAAAUGUUCAUGUGUUUCCAACUUUUCUGAAGGCCCGUGCACUGCUCGAAAAUUAUACAAAUAUACUUUAUCCUUCAUUGUGGGAUUCAAAGUUCAAAAAAGAUGCUUUAAAAAUAAAGCAGGAUAUUACUUGUGCGUGUAGUCAGAUCAGUUCACAUGAUCCACCUCAUUGUAUUGGUAGAUUAGAAUGUCUAUUAAAUAUUUUUAGACGCACCACGAUCACUGAUUGUUCAAAUGAAACAAAAUCUGAUGAAUCAAAAAGUACCAAUCAAUUGAUUGACAGUUUUGCAUGGCAUUGCCUCUAUUCUUCCACCAUUUCUCAAGCAGAAAAACAAUUCGCCUAUAACAUCGACAUAACGUUAGUCUAUGCUUCUUUACUUUCUGGAAUUUUUGCACUGUUUCCUCACAAGCUGUUUGAAUUCUUUGGUCGAAUAUUCCUGGCUUGUCCAGCAUUAGGAUUAUUUUGUGAUCCAAGUGGUUUAAACUUGCUGGAAGAAAUGUUUUCAACUGCUGAUAUUCUAUCUAAUUGGCGUGGAAUAGCUCGUUUGUUUACUGCACUUUUAUUGGCACAUCCACCUCCACACCUUGGGGUAUCACGACACAAACUCCUGAAUCCUUCACUCCUUUGGCGAGUAAUAGCAGGGAUCGUAAAUCAAGAAUUUAUUCCUUGUGCAACUGCUGAAGUUUUACAUGGUAUAUUAGAAAUUGGAGGUUCAGUAUUUGUGAAUCUUUAUGGGAAUCAAGCAAAGCGUCUUUUAAAUACUAUCAGUAUGAUUGUAGAUAAAUCACCUGUAUUACGCCAGUCAUUACCAGAACUACAAUUAAUGUCGUUACUUGAAAAGUUCAAAAGUAUCGAAACACUCCCUGACCGGAUCGGUUUUGUUGAUAAGAGUUUUUGGAAUCCUGGAUAAUAUUUACCUACACAUAAAAAUUAUUUUUCUUGUUACAGUUCGUGAUUUGUAUAUAUUUAUUUUCAUCAGUACUAAAAAUGUACAUUCCAAAUAUAGUAUCCUGUCACAUCC